CGGAGGCGGAGCAGAACCGAAACCGCGAAAGGGGGAACCGAAACGGCGAAAGGGGGCCAACCUUGUAAUCAUGAAUUCUAAUGAAGAAACUUAAAAACCAAUUAUGGCAAUGAUUUACAGUUUAACGGCAUGGUCUACUGCAAUUGGUCAGUAAUGAUUCUCUAUUCUUUAAUGGUGGUUCGAUGUCGAGGAAAUUUGUCCAUAGGAAGCAAAUUGGGGGCCAGAUUUCCUAAAUCGUCAACUAGAGAUUUACGGUGACAUUCUGAUUCGAGGAAGGUUAUUGAUGGCGGAGUUAAGGACGGCAUUUAUGAGGGUUCACAUGCUGCCAUUAAUGCUGCACCAAGUGAUCUUGAAAAACAUCGCCAAGGAAUUCCUCAAAAACCCUAAUCGCAUUAAACAGAAAGGGCUUGGGAUUUGGGAGAGUGUGUGUCUGAACUGCUCUGUUGGAAGAUCGAGGCAUGAUGAAUUGGGGGAAGCUAGGGGUGGUGGAUACCAUCUACGAGGAAGACUAUGAAUACUCCACUUCUCCUUCUCUCUCCCCUUCCAUCUCCUCUCCAAAGUCUCCUCUGCAUUUCACAGUACAGGCAUGGUCCCUGGAGAACCGGUGUGAAACAGAUGUUAGGAUUCAUGUUCAAGGAACAUGCUUCAAUCUCCACAAGGAUCCCCUGACAUCACGAAGCAGAUAUUUGAAACGGCAGCUAACGGAACUUAGCGGCGAGCUGACUCUCUCGCCUCCGUUAAACAUAACGGCUCAGACCUUCGCACUUGUCGCGGAAUUCUGUUACGAGUCCCGAGUCGUCUUAACGCCGUUCAACGUCACGGCGUUAAGAGUCGCAGCGGAAUUGCUGGAGAUGACGGAGACUGAUGGUGAACUCGAAGAGAACUUGAAGGAGAUAACGGAGUCAUACUUCCGACGCGUGGUUGUCGUCAACAGAGAGUCGGCGAUGAUCGUGUUCCGUUCGUCUUUGUCUUUACUUCCCGAGGCGGAGACGACGGCGUUUCUUGUUAGUAGAUGCAUUGAAGCUUUGGAUAUAAUGGACGAUGGCGAAGGUGUCGACAACUGUUUCGCCGACAUUGUGACUCUCAGCUUUCAAGAUUUUCAGAUUCUCGCCGAUUCGAUGCACGAUCGGUACGCCUGCCACGAUGUGCUUUAUCGGACUGUUGAUCUUUUUCUGGAGGAACAAAACGGCAAAAUCAGAGACGAAGAGAAAAUCAAGAUAUGCAACAGCAUCGACUGUAACAAACUCUCACCAGAACUUCUGAUGCACGCAGUACAGAAUCCGAGAAUGCCUAUUAGAUUCAUUAUUCGAGCAAUGUUGGUGGAGCAGCUCCACACGCAACGCUCGAUCUUCUCGACGGCUGAUCGCAAGCCUCACAGGCACCAUCAAUCCAGAGACUGUACCACACUUGGCGCGAUCCUGCAACGCGACGCAGCAAUUCGACAGGCGGCUCAAUUGAAGGCAGCAAUGGAUGCCACGACCUGGCGCAUCCAGAGCUUGGAGAAAGAGCUCGGCCACAUGAAGACUCUCUUGAACAAUCAGUCUGAGAAUGAACAGAGUAUAGUGAAGUCAGCUAGAUCUGCGAGUUUCCAUUACGGAACGGGAAACACUAAUAAGAUUGAAAGGGGGGAGAGAGGAUCUGCUUCUUCGUUGAACUUUCGGCACGGAAUCAAAGCUGAGAAUUCAAUGGCUAUGUCUUCUUCACCGGAGGAUUCGUGCAUUGAAAGCCCAAGACCAAGAGCCAAGAAGAACAUCGGUAGGAGAUUGAUUGACAGAUUGAAGAACUCGUUGUGGGUGUCGAGUUCUGGCACAAAAUGUGGCGCUAAGAAGAGUAAGAUUUCAAGCAUGAUGGAGGCGGGACAUGGAAUUGAUGAAGAUAUUAUCGUUGUUGGAAAGGAUGAAGCAUUCUCACACAAGAGGAAUUGCUCACAAGGGUAGCCACCAUUUUUUCUUUCUCUUCUCCUCUGAAUCUUAAUUUUAAUUUGCCUAUCUGUUUAUAUCUGAAGUGAUAAAGAUCUGAAAUUUGUGCAAA